GAACCGGAACAGUUGUUUUAUUUUUGGAGAACCCGUACCGGAACCAGUACCGAUAAAUUUAAAGUAGCUAUCUACACAAUAUAAAUACUAUACACUGUCCACGGUCUAACAGCCAUGUCCGGACGAUUUGGCAGCAUUUCUUUUUGUCAUGGAAACUGUAUACGAUCAACACUUGCCAACGAUCGCUAUUAAUAUUAUUAUAAAUACAAUAUAUUAACGGUAAUUCGUAUCGUAAAAUUAUCGUUAUCGAAAAAAAUUUCACCUUCGGUUUACGACUGCGUUGAGGGUGGAUAACCAAAGGGAUCAAGAGAGGAGCGAAACAGCAUGGCCAUCAUGAACGUCUACAACGCGAUCGACUUGGCGUUGCGGGACAGAACCCGACCGUGGACGGCGCCAUUCGUAUGGCUCGAGGGUCGGACCGGAAUCGGCCACGUGAAACUGUUAGUGGGCAGCAUGGUGGCCGCUUUGGCGUUCGUCAUCGCAUCCGGCCGGAUGAUCAUGCUGAUCAGCAACCUGCUGGGGUUCGCGUAUCCCAUGUAUGCGACCAUCGAUCUGAUGGUAAAGGAAGACGGCCAGCCUGAGACACCGUCGCCGCCGGAACCCACCGAACGGACCGGACGCAUCGCGCCUGUUUCGCCGGCAACCCGGUGGCUCACGUACUGGGUAACGUUUGCGGCCGUGCUCAUCGUGCAGCAGCUGUGCGGCGACUUGCUGCAGAUCAUACCGUUUUACUUCCUUGCCAAGAUCGUGUUCUUCGCGUGGUGCGCGUUGCCGAUGGAAGCCAACGGCGCCGCGUUCGUCCAUAGAUUCGUCGUGCGCGAUCAUUUAAAGCGAUUUUUCGUCUGACCAAGUUACCCAGGACUUGCUAAAGAUACACGACCGUGGCUUUUUUUAAUCACAUAAUGCUUAUCAUGAUUUAUAUACUUUUAUUACAUAAACGACGUACUAACAAAUA